GUACACAUCACUUUUUUAUUUACCUAUUGACACUUGCUCAUCAUGUGGCUGCUGUUGGGACUCUGCUUCACCUCCUCACUCAUCCACUCAGUUCAAAUGCUGAAGUGUUGGGACAGUUUUGAGUCAUUGAAAACUUGUCCUCCUAACCAGCCCUAUUGUUUUGUUUACAAGAGCUAUUAUGGCAUUAUAAGCAAUGAUUCCAUUUCUGUGCAGUCUUGCAUUGAAACGUGCCCUUUUUUAGGAAAAGCUUUUUCAUACAAUCUUGGGUAUCUUAAUGCAACUGCUUCGUGCUGCAACACAGAUGGCUGUAACAGGCUUGAUCUGCCUGAACACAGCACUGCCCCGACAGGAUUGAUAUGCAAGUCAUGCAACAGCAUAAACGAUGAUAAGUGUGACACACCCCUGCCCUGUGUGGGAAUCCAGGAAUGCUGCAUAGAUGAUUCAUCAUCAUCCAGCGGCACUUACCAAUGGAAAGGUUGUGGCUCAAAAAUGUUUUGUGAAGACUCAUUCAACACUAACUCUGGAAACAUGGGCCAGCCAAACACCAACCUUGGAAACCUGGGCAACCUUGGAAACCUGGGCAACCUUGGAAACCUGGGCAACCUUGGAAACCUGGGCUACCCAUUUAACAUCAACCCUGGAAACCUAGGCACAAAAUGCUCAAUCCACAAUUUCAGUCUUCUACUGAUGAGUCUUAUAAGUGUAAUUUUCUUUUAGUGUCAAGUAAAGUCAAAUCGUAUUGGAAAAUAUUUUCUAAACAGUUUUUUCUUACACCGCUGUUUCCAUUCUCCUAACAACAGGUAGUUUAGUUUCCGGUUCCAUGAAGCUCUCUCUCAAAAAUAUGCAAUAUGCUCAGAUCGGCUAGCUGCCCCAUGUGUUUUCGUUUCGUUAACCACCUACCGCAAAUUGUGCUGAAAGUCAAACCCCUUAGCAUUAUGGCAUGUGCAGAGGCGUCAUGCCCAUUCAAACUGAGGGGGCACCUGCCCCCUUGGUUUUUUUGAGCCAAUGGAUUUUGCAUCCAACCUCAAAAUCAAAUAAGCGUCCAUUAAUCUGUUAUUUGACUUUUAAUCUGUUAAUAUGCACAAUAUUAUACAUUCUGUGCUGCAUCCUUGUCACUUUUCGGAGAUUUUCGCCGUUUUGAUCGUGUUUUGAUCAUGUUACAUUACUUUUAUUCUGGCGGCAGCUGGCGCUGCAGUCAGAGCGCAGCCGCAGACGUCAUCAGUGUCUGGGCGCGCUCACGAGGUCUCUGCUGUUGCUGGCUUGCUGCUGCAUUUGGCUAUCUGAGGAAUUAAAACGUGUUAGAAACGCUAACAACAUUUCCAAACCCCAGUACGGUAAUGUGCAGUUAACCUUCUCUGUGUAGAAAAUGUAUGGUUUUAAAUGUGACCGUCUCAACGUUAUAUUAGCAGAGAUUCAUCUUCUUGGCACAACGCCAAAGUUCGCCAAAGUUCACGCGGGCGCGGAAUCUCACAUGCUCACAUGAGGUAAAAUUUAAUGCAAAAAUCCGUUCCUCUAAUAAUUUUAUCUAAACAUAUUUUUUAAAAUCAUUAUUGAACAUUAAAAUCAAUCACGUGGCUAUAGCUUAUGUCAUUUUCGUUGUUUAUAUACUUUAUGGAUUUAAAAUUACAUUAAUUUUAUAUGAUAAUGUAGUUGUUGUGCAAAAUGCAUUAAUUACACAAUUAAACAAGCCAUUAAGACUUAAAUAAAACAUGCCGUUUCAGAUGUGAAUAUGAUGCAAAUGUGUCAUUAUUCCGAUUGAAUAGUAUUUGAUAUGAAAGUUAGUCAUCACUUUUAUUUUGGAGGUUUUUGCAUGAAAGCAGGGGUUUUCAGAUUGUUAGAAAUGUAAGUGCCAUGGAAAAGACUGAAAGCUCUAUAAUAUUUCGUUUGAUGUCUGUGUAUGCACAAAUUUCUGUGAGCUGUUGACACUGUGCCCCCUUAAAAAAAAUUGGUGCAUGACGCCCCUGGGCAUGUGCUUAGGUGUAUUGUAAACAAUGGUGUCAAUAUUGCCUUAAUAAAGCCCAAAUUAGACCCAGAAAAUAUUAUUGAAGAGGAUCGAGCACAACCUGCGCAUGCGCAGAAUCUUAGAGGAUGUUUCAAACAACAAAACACAGAACCAUGUGGUGCCUAUAGCUCACUUAAAAAAGUUUUCAUUUUAGGGCAAUUAAACUAUUAUACAUUCAGGUUUUUUUUGAUAAAUGUAACAUUUUCAGGUUGUACAAUGUAAUGAUAGUGAAGGAACUUGGAUAAAUAAGUGAAAUUUGAGUUUGAGUAAAUUAUCCAUUUCAGGUCAACUAAAAUAUUAUACAUUAAUAAAUAGAUGUGUUUUUGUUUCUUUGGAGAAAUGUACAUUUUCC